AUGGAGUUUAUUAGAAAGAAGGCUCAACGGAGUCGAGAAGCGAUAACCACCGAUACCACCCUCCAACGUACAGUACGGUAUGGCAGCAAGGCUGUUCGUGCCGCCCCUUCGGUCGCAGGUCAAUACCUACUUCAAAAGGCACCAAUCAUCCAAUGGUUGCCAAAGUACAAUCCACGAUGGCUUCUCAACGAUACAUUAGCCGGGAUUACUGUUGGCGUGCUACUCAUCCCUCAGUCUCUGGCAUAUGCGAAGAUUGCGACAAUACCCGGACAGUAUGGACUCAUGUCGAGCUGGCUACCAAAUUUUCUCUACCUGAUCAUGGGUACAUCUAAAGAUCUGUCGACUGGUCCCACUUCGCUUAUGGGUCUGUUGACGGCGGAGAUAAUCGCAGACGUUGCUCAAGAGGGAUAUUCACCACAAGCAAUCGCUUCCGCCGUUGCCAUGUCCGUUGGUAUCUACUCCAUGGCGCUAGGCUUGCUCAAGCUUGGUUUCCUGCUAGAGUUUAUUUCCGUGCCCGUUUUGAGCGGCUUCAUCUCCGCAGCCGCCAUCGUCAUCAUGCUCGGCCAGAUCCCAUCGCUGUUUGGCAUCACUGUCGGCUCCGGUACGGCGAACAUCAUCCACGACCUCUUCGCCAAGAUACCCCAGUACGAUGGCCCGACAUGUGGAGUGGGUCUUGGUGGCCUGCUGAUGCUAUACCUCAUGCAGAAGAUGGGACAGCGCUGGGGCAAGAAGAACAAGGCUAUCUGGCUGCUAGCGCUUGGCCGCAGUGCUGUAGUACUCGUUCUCUUCGCCGGUAUUUCGUACGCGGUGAACAAGGACAUUGACCUCGAGAACGACGACCCUGUAUGGGCACUCAGCAAAGUCAAAUCUGAUGGUAUUGCAACACCUCGAAUGCCCGACUCAGCUCUUAUCGGCAAGGUGUUUGCUAGAAGCAUUGCUCCCUUCAUUGCUGCUGCACUUGAGCACUUGGCUAUUGCCAAAGCCUUCGGUCGCAAGAAUGGCUACGUGACUGAUGCUGCACAAGAGCUAGUCUACCUUGGUUUUACCAACUUCUUCAACUCCUUCUUCUCAUCCAUGGCAGUGGGUGGCGCCAUGUCUCGUACUGCCGUGAACUCAGAAUCCGGUGUCAAGUCACCAGCAUACGGUUUGAUCGCCGGCGGUGUCGUCAUCCUCAGCAUCUUCAAACUUUCGCCAGCACUAUACUGGAUUCCCAAAGCCACAUUAGCAGCCAUCAUCGUCACGGCAGUUUGGCACAUUGUUGUCCCCCUCAAAGUUUUCUACGGAUACUGGCGCACUUCACUCGUCGACUUUACCACCUCAAUGCUAGCCUUCUGGCUUACCCUUUUCGUCUCAUCAGAAGUCGGCAUUGGCACGGCCGUCGGCUUCAACAUAGUCUACCACCUCCUUUUCAUGGCAUUCCACCGUGUCCACCGCAUCACUUCUAUUGAGGUGACCUCUCACGGCCGCCAAGCAGGCAUGCACGCUACCCCUCUCGACACUCAAGUAUUCCGCAUCCACCAAUCCAUGCUCUUCUACAAUGCUUACCACAUCAAAACGCAAUGUCUCGACGCAGUUCAGACUUUCAACUCUGGCGAUGUUGCUACCCUUGAAGCUGCCCACGCAAACCGCAACUGGAGCGUCGCAGGCAAAGAUCGCGCCUUACGUUUACGCACAAAAGCCGAGAUUCUGGAAGAACCUGUUCAAAUCCGCAGUGUGGUGUUGGAUAUGUAUGCCAUGCAUAACAUUGACACGACUGGCCUUACCCAUCUCAAGGAUCUUAAAGCGGACAUUGAGGCGUAUGGCGGGAAGAACACGCAGUUCAGACUUGUGGGCUUGAACGAUCGCGUCCGUGAGCGCUUUGCGAGGUUCGGGUGGCAGCUCCGUGACGUGACUGAGGUAAACAAGAAAGGGACGGUGGUGUACGAUUCAGUUGAAGAAGCUGUGUUCCGCCGCUCGAGAACAUUUUCAUCGGACGAGAUUGAGGUAGAGCCUACUGAGGUGUUAGUCGUUGGAGAUGAGAAGAGCAAAGUGUAG